AAUGUAUAGAUAACAUAUGUGAUAAAAAAUAAAGUAAUUAUUUUGGUGUCCACUUUUAAUUAAUGACUUGAUGUAUAUCAAUACAGUGAUUAAAGUUUAAUAACCCAAAUAAUAUUAUUUUUUAGGAAUAUCCAUUGAGAAAAGUAGAUAUUGAAAGUUUAAAAAUGGUUACACUACAGGAUAUUAGUGUACAACUUAUGAAACCAGCAAAAGAUCUUGCUGACUGGAAAUUUCCAUUGUCUCAGAUCUUAGAAGAAUAUUAUACAUUAUUAGAACCAUGUAACAUUAAUUUUGGAGAAGCAGCACUUGUUUUGCAGAAUUCAACAAAUGUAUAUGUACGCAGAAUUGAACGUCUAUUUAACGAAACAGAAGUUUUGAGACAAACAUUUUUUGGCUAUGAGGAAGAAGAAACAAAAAUGUCUAGGUCCCAGGCAAAAAAAGGCUUGAAAAAGGUUUGCCUUAAUUUUGAUAAUUUUGUAAUUAUCGAUUUGGAGGAAGGUAUUGGAAGAAACAUUGAUAAGAAAAAUCAGUUUCAAGGACAGACAAAGAUAAAGUUAUUAAGUCACAGAUUUACUCAAUUAGAAAACAACACAAUGCAAUUAUGUAUUCCUAUUCAGGUAUACGAUGUUUUAGGAGAAGUUAUUGGAAAGAAAUAUGACUUUCGGUGCAAUCAAGCUGUAAGUACAACUGGAAUGUUGGUAGACGAAUUGACGUUACACGACUUUACUCAUAUAGUUAGUUCUCAUGUUCAAAAAGGAAGGAAUUCUUUAUCGUCGUAUUCUGAACCAAAAACUCCUGGUACUGGAACAUCGGGAUAUCAUUCGGCCGCUUCGCCGAAUCACUCCCUCGCAUCCGUUCAUGAAGACUGUGAAAAUGAACACGAUUUUACCCUGCAAACAGAAAGCAUUCCCUCGCUAAAUGAAUCAGAAAAUAUGUUAAAUAAUGAUAAUGAACCUCCCAACACUAGUAUCUCAGCUACAAUUAUUUCAAAUACAGAAAAGAAUUUAUCCAAAGAGCAAGAUAUUCAAUCAAACGAAGUGCAAAAUUCUAAUGAUAAACAUUGCACAGUUAUGAAUUCUAAUGAUACAAAUGAACGUAGAGAAAAAUAUCAAAGUGAUAGUCCAGAACGAGUUGAAAAUAAUGAAACUAGUGAUGAAAUAAUUAAUAACAAACAACGAGGUCGUCCUCGUAAAGAUCAAGUUCAACUAAAUAAUGAACAAGGAAAAGAAGAAUUACUUAACACGCGGAAAAGAGGGAAACAAGCAACGAAAAAGUCAAUACAUUUUGUAGAUGAUAUAAAUGAAUUAGAUUGGAGACCAAUGCCACUCGUUAAAGGAAUGGAAAAAGAUUUUUCUCACGAUACAUCUGUAUUGAAACUUCCAGAACAUAUUUCUCUUCUGAAAACAAACGCUGAUUCCAAAAAACGUAAGCUUCCAUCAAAAAUACCGAAAUCUGAGUGCCUAGCAAAGCUCGUUUUACGAGAAACAGAACUACGGGUAAAAAAGGAUAUCGUUACCCAAACAAAACCAAAGUUUAAACGUCUACAAAAACAGGAAUUAGAAGAUUUUAUGAGAAAUUUUGAUCAAUGCUUUAAUGGUACGGAAAAAGAAAAUAAUAACACUCAACGUACUGCCGUGACAAAUUUUACCCUCGGUUGUAAUUCUCAAAAUGAGAAUGAUUUUAUAGAGAAUAAUGAUGAAGAAAUAAUGAGCAGAAGUUCUUCACCUAGCAGUACAAAAUCACAAUUAGCGACUCAUCAAGAGCCGCUUAAAAUGAUGGAAAAAUCCCCCGAUUUACAUGACAGCUGGUGUGAAUCCUUAGGUUCUGAAAUUAAUUUAUCCUAUUCCUUGCCAGAUUAUCAAAAUUUUAUUGAGGAUAAAAUGAAAGAGAUUUGUGAAGAAACAGAUAUUUCAUCAGAGUUAGAUCAAAAUGUAGCAAAAUGGCAUGCUUCUCUGCAACCAAAAUUAUUGGAAGCUGAAAUCAGACCUACGUUUCGAAUUCAUGACUAUGCUUCUCGUAUAAUAAGCACAUUGCAAACAGUAGAACAGAAUAAGAUUAAUUUUGAUAACAUCGUUGAAGAUAAACCCACUUACGAAGUAGCCAGAUAUUUUUUAGCUUCGUUGCAAUUGGCCAAUUCGUAUAAUGUAGAAAUAAAAACGGAGAGUAAUGGUAAAAGUAUUGAGAUUGAAUUAUUGAAUGAUAAAAAACGCUGUGAGAAAAAUUGAAAAAAUGGUAAAGAAAGUUGUCGGAUUUGUUAAUACAUUAUAUUUGAAGAAAUAUAAAGUUAUUGUUAUUUUUUAUGUUUCAUAUGAAACUAAUAAUUAUUU